GUCUCAAAAAUAAAUAAAAACAUUAAAAAAAAAAUUUUUUUUUUUUAAAGAAAAAAGACUUGGGUCGUAGCUGAGAACAAAUUUGCUGUGAGACAGAUGAUGGUCAAUGACCACAGUGAUCUCUGGAAACUAAACAUCCAGAUUCAGCAGGGCAGGGCAAUUAACCACAUUGCAGACUCCCUGGAAAUCAACAACAAGUACCCCCAACUAUCUCAGAAGUGUAUCUUCAGCCCAAGCACACAGCCUCCAGGGAACACGCAGGGAGUCUUGGGGACAAAAGAGCCACCAGUCCAGCAGCCACAAUAGCCAAAUGGACCCUGCUGAUCAGUGCUGUCGCUGGUGAGUUAGGGAGCCCCCUCUGCUUGGGGCUAUCAGCAAGAGUCUGGUUUGAGUGGACAGGAUGAUUUCAGGACCCAGAAGCUAAGAGAAGGCACUGGGUACAGAGGAGGGGAACAGAGCUGAGAACAGGAUAUAUUGUCAUGAAACAGAAAUACCAGAAGGGCUGCCAUUUGAAAAGGGAUUAAACUUGCCCUGCAUGGCUCCAAAGGUUAGAACAAGGAAUCAUGAGUAAAUGUGCCAGGGACACAAAUUCCAAUUCGAUCUAAGGGAAGGAAGGUUUUCUAACAGUCAGAGACACCUAAAGCUAAACCAGGCUGUUUUGGUAGACAGUUGAGUCUCCCGUCAGUGGAGGAAGGCAAACAGGCAGGUUUGAGAAGGGACUCCGGGGUCAGCCCUUCAGAACCUGCAGGUUCUUCCAAAUCUGGGAGCCAAUGAUUUCAUCUCCUAUUUACUCGUAACAAUCAUCCACUUACAUAUACUGAGAAAAUAUCAAGGUGAUCGGCACCAGAGAUAACAAGUACAGAGGUAAGAACGGCCCAAACAGUGCUGAGAAGGGAAGAAGAUGAGAGAACAACCAAAGAGCAGAGUUUUCUCCAGAUCUCAUCCCCCACUAAGUCCCUUGACUGGAGGGAAGCCACUCCUGCCUGCAGCUGGGGGUGGGUGCUCUGGCUCGCCCAACACAUCCACUCAGGGACUCCAGCCUACACAAGAAGUGAAUGAGAAUUACUUCAGGCACAUCCUCGACGUCAGGACAUACUUGUGUCAUAUUCUGACAUGGAGAAAAACACUGACAAGAGCACCAUCCAGUAUGGUAGAAAUUUGAUACAUGUUAGUAAACUCCUUCAAAAGUUGGCCUGUGGUACAGUGCUCAUUUUUGUUCUCUCAACUGUUACAGCUUAUUUUCAGACUCCUGUAUCAAAAUACAAAAACUACAGAUGUCUUAACAUCUUCAAGUAAAUCUGAUUUUCUCCACUGAAUCUGAAAAGACACAAACAUGAUAAACUUCACUCUUUGUAAGAAAAGGACCGCAUUUUAUCUUUUUAGCAAAGGAGAGAAGACACUAAAGUCACACAAGAGUAUUGCGUUUAAUACAAGAAUUAAAAGGCACCCUCAUAAGCCAUGACAAAAUUAGGAAGCAGAGGCUUAAUAUUUUGAAAAAGCAGUUUUGGUAGGUUCUAUUUACAGUUUCUCUAGUAGUUAACAAGAUUUUUUGCAGGUCUUUAACAAAUAAUAUAGCAACAGACAUAUUUAGAGUGUAUUUAUUUUUUCUUCUCUUUCAAUCAUUAUUAUUGAGCCUCCUCAUUCCAACCCUCCAACCCCAAAGCACACACAUGGAUGUACAUGUACACAUGCAUACACACUCUCACAGGCACUAUGCAGACAUCAUGAGAAAGAGAGAGGAAGUGAUAAGAAGCCUCCACAACCCCCCCCCCCCAUCUAUUAGCCAAAGCAGGUACAGGGAGUACAAGAGAAAGAAGGUGGCUAUCUGCCCAAGGGAUCAAGUGUCAUUCAGGUGAUAAACAGAAAGCCAGGGUUCCUGCCCAGUGGUGAUACAGACAUGUCCCAUAUCAACAAAGGAAACAGACUGACAAUUUACUGAGUGCCUACCACGAACCAGGCACUACUUAGGGCACUCUACUUAGGUUCACAUCUAACCUGACAUUCUGCUCAAAUGGGAAAACUUGACUCCCAAGAUGGCAGACCUACUAGGCUCCAUCCUGAACUCCAUGGAGAAGUCACCCAGUCUCAGUGACCGGGAGUCUCGGCACAAGGCCCAAGAGCAGGUCGCUCGCCUGAAGAAACUACAGGAGCAGGAGAAACAACAGAAAGUGGAGUUUCAAAGGAUGGAGAAAGAGAUGUCAGAUUUCAUCCAAGACAGUGGGCAGAUUAAGAAAAAGUUUCAGCCAAUGAACGAGAUAGAGAGGAGCACCCUACACAAUAUGGCAGAAGUGGCUGGCCUGACAUCCUUCUCCUUCAGAGAUGAUGAGUGUCUCUAUGUCAUGAUCUUCAAAAAGGAGUUUGCAUGCUCAGAUGAAGAGCUGGACUCCUAUCAUUAUGGGGAGGAGUGGAACCCCCAGGAGGCUGAGGAGAAACCCCAACUGAAGGAGCUGGCCCAGUGGCAAGAGGACACAGCCCAGCAGGGACCUGUGGUGGGGAGCCCUGCUAGUGACGACAAGGACAAGUACAGCCGCUUAACAGGCAAGGCAGCAGCCAAGGAUGCUACAGGCCACAUGCUACAGGCCAACAAGACCUACAGCUGUGUGCCCAUGGCCAACAAGAGGGACAUGUGUUCCAUCAAAGAGGCCGUGAAUGAGAUCCAGGCCAAGAAGGAUCCGCAACAGAGCAGGGAAGAGUUGCCACCUAACCUCCCAGACACUCCAGCUCUCUGA